UCCUUAACAUUUGGCGGAAGUUGUCACCGCGAGACUCCCGGGAGCGAGCACAGCGUCAUGUGACGCGAAGGCGGAAGCUGUCACAUAAACAGAGAACUAGCUUAAAGAAGAGCACAAACUGUCAGUACAGAGAUUUAUCAUUUUACUAUCUGUUAUCUGUUAUCCCAGCAUAUUAGUUCAUGGUAAGUCAUGUCUUCUAGUCAUACAAGGGACUCCAGCUUUCUGGGAGGCAGAAUACCUCCAGAAAUAGAGUCAAUGUCGAAAAACCUGAAAGAUGUGGACCAAGAGCUGUUCAGAAGAAUACUGAAAGCUGUGGUCAGCGCCCUGGAGGGGAAGGACUGCAGAGAUGUGAUGAAGUCGAUAGCAGAGAGCAGCACCAUUCCCCAGGAGAGGCUCAGUCACAUCGUAGCUGGGAUGUACAGAGUGCUGUCUGAGGCCAUCCGCAUCCCCACAUCAUCACUGAAACAGGAGGCCUUCAGAGAAGAUCUUAAAGAACUGAGGAUACCUGAAGACUUCAUCACAGAUUUCUCCAGUGUGGUUUUUGGCAACAAGCGCGCAGCUCUAGAUGCAUCAACCUCCCAGAAAGAUCCCCACCUCCCCUCAUUAGAAGACUUCAAAUGGAGAGUGGAUGUCGCCAUUUCAACAAGCUCUUUAGCCAGGGCCCUGCAGCCUUCUGUUCUGAUGCAGAUGAAACUAUCAGACGGGAGCUUUCAGCGCUUUGAGGUGCCCGUGUCUAAAUUCCAGGAGCUGCGUUACAACGUGGCUCUGAUCCUCAAAGAGAUGAACGACCUGGAGAAGAGGAACAUUCUCCAAAUCCAAGACUGAUACACCACGCAGGCCUGGUAUUUAAUUCAGCUCCUCUCUACUUAGUUUUUUUUGUAAAUAGCACUGAAUGGCGCUCAUCUAAAUCAUUUUUGAUAUAAUAUAAUGAAAGAUAAGAAUAAUCUGCCUGUCAUGAUGUUAUGAUUUGAUGGUGUUGGCAUCCAACAUACUUAACUGCAGUGCAAAAUGAUAAGAAUAACUGGCUGCACCACAGGAGUACCUUAUACUGACCAUACUGAAGACAAAAACACAAUGACUCACAGCCGAUAUUUAAAAAGAAAUCUGUAAAAUCACUCUUUACCUUGCCUUGUUGUAAACUGCACAUAUUAGCAUCAUUAAAUUCAGUGAUAAUUGGGAGAUCUGAGAUGGCUGCAAAGCCUCCAUUGUGCCAAAAUACAAAUGCAGUCAAGUGAGCACUCUCUUACUAAGUAGCCAGUUUAACUGGUGUCAUGUGAUCUGGUCUGUUUGAGACUGAACAUUUUGUCCACAUGGUUCCGGAAACAUGAGGAUGUACAAAUCAAAGAAUGUACCAGUCAACCAAUGAACCAUUUGUUUCUACUCAUGUUUUUUUAUAUGUAUGUAAUUCAAGCCAGUGACAGAACAAAAGGUUUACUUGUCUUUUGGGUUGUAGCACUAUUGUAUAAAAAGUAAAAUGCUGAGUUAUUUUGUAUGUUUGCCAUAAUAACAUCAAGAAUUUUUACCUCUUAAACCACAUUUCUCUAAUAAAAGCUGUCUAUUCCUGUAUUUGU